UAAAUUUGAUCCAUUAAGUUGACUAACCUACGCAUACAGCUACGCAUGUAACAGUAUAGUGCUGCUUGUCGGCCAACUAUGGUGUAGUUUGUUAAUUGAAAACAGCCUUGCUGUGCAGGUUUAAAGGUGCCUUUACGCAAAGGCUCGAGAUGAGCUCAACAUAACAACAGUGUCUCUUGUUUAUUCUACAGUAUACAGUGUCAAGACCUCCACACGUCCGUGUGGCCGUGGCAAUGUUAAUGUGGGGCUAAACAACACGUAUCGUAGUUUAGUACUUUAUAGAUUAUAGUCAGUUUAGUUUGGGAAAUGUGUAUACAGGGAUGUUCAUCCUUAUUAAAAAAUGCUUUACGGUUUAUAUAUGGACACCUGUAAAAUUCUGGUUUCUGGCAUUAUCCCCCCCUCCCAAAAACAUACUGCUUUAAAUUUCUACGGAGCUAACUUGCCGGAUUUUACUUGUCAGAUUUCAGUCCUGUCGGUACCUUGUACUUAAUCGGGCAAGUAACUCUUACAUAUGCCUAUCUAUAGCGUACAAGAUGGUUAUAUAACCGGUGCGCCAGGAUACAGCGAUUUCGCCUGGUGACAUCUUCAAGGGUUGGCCAAAACUUGCAAUGCGUAAAUGAAAAAUAAUUUGGUCUAUUGUUUGUAGCCAAUAUUAUAGGAAUAUUAGUGACACUGUUAGUUACAUAUUUUAUAUGUAGUUUAUCCACUCAUCUAUUCAUUUUACAACCGUGUUCGAACAUGCUGUAUAAAUGUGGGUACUUUUCCGCUGGUACGGAUCCGACAUGCACCCCCUCACUUGGCCCAGUUGGUAGUGAACAUUUGUUUAGUUUUUAACGCAAAUCGAAAUUGCCUUGCAGGUCUCACGUUUCGGCACUUAUUUAUUUCACUUUUUAAAUAUCCACUGCAACUAAAUUGUUGUUAGGCUUACAUAUAAAGAAAUGUAGUAAUUUGUGGCACAGUGUUGCUAUUUAACGACACUGUUUUAAACAAAGUAGUAACACGUACCAGACCAGAAAUUAAAUGUACUGCUUUCGGUUCUGUAAAGACACGCAAAACACCUCCAGAUGUUUUCAAACAGCGACGAGGCCGCGAUUAACAAGAAGCUUCCCAAAGAGCUGCUGUUGAGAAUCUUCUCCUUCUUGGAUGUGGUGACAUUGUGCCGAUGUGCGCAGGUCUCACGGUCCUGGAACGUGCUAGCCCUGGAUGGUAGUAACUGGCAGAGAAUUGAUCUUUUCGACUUCCAGAGAGACAUUGAGGGCCGUGUUGUGGAGAACAUCUCCAAGCGCUGUGGGGGCUUCCUGAGGAAGCUCAGUCUGAGGGGGUGCCUGGGUGUUGGGGACAGCGCUUUGAGGACUUUUGCCCAAAACUGCCGGAACAUCGAGCUGCUAAGUCUAAAUGGGUGCACCAAGAUCACUGACACGACGUGCACCAGCCUCAGUAAGUUCUGCCCCAAGUUGAAGCACUUGGAUCUGGCCUCAUGUACCUCUAUCACCAACCAGUCCUUGAAAGCACUCAGUGAGGGCUGCCCCUUGCUGGAACAGCUGAAUAUCUCCUGGUGUGACCAGGUGACAAAGGAUGGCAUCCAAGCCCUGGUUCGCUGCUGCCCCGGUCUUAAGGGCCUGUUCCUCAAGGGCUGCACACAGCUGGAGGAUGAAGCCUUGAAGUACAUUGGGGCUCACUGUCCUGAGCUGGUAACCCUAAACCUACAGACAUGCUCGCAGAUCACAGACGAAGGCCUGAUUACCAUCUGCCGUGGCUGCCACCGACUGCAGUCGCUCUGUGUUUCCGGUUGCGGCAACAUCACAGAUGCUAUCCUUAACGCCCUGGGCCAGAACUGCCCCCGCCUUAGAAUAAUGGAGGUGGCUCGUUGCUCCCAGCUCACCGAUGUGGGCUUCACCACACUGGCCCGGAACUGCCACGAGCUAGAAAAGAUGGAUCUGGAGGAGUGUGUACAGAUUACAGACAGCACGCUGAUACAGCUGUCAAUCCACUGCCCCCAUCUGCAGGUCCUGAGCCUUUCCCAUUGUGAGCUGAUCACAGAUGACGGCAUCAGGCACCUGGGCAGUGGGCCCUGUGCUCAUGACCGGCUGGAGGUGGUGGAGCUGGACAACUGCCCACUGAUCACGGACGCAUCGCUGGAGCACUUGAAGGCCUGCCACAGCUUGGACCGCAUCGAGCUCUACGACUGCCAGCAGAUCACCCGCGCUGGCAUUAAGAGGCUCCGGACUCAUCUGCCCAACAUCAAGGUGCACGCCUACUUUGCCCCGGUCACUCCCCCUCCCUCAGUUGGGGGCAGCCGUCAGAGGUUUUGCCGCUGCUGUAUCCUGCUAUGAUGUUGAAGCCCCUGUCUUGAAGCCCCUCCCUCCACUCCGACAUGCUGCACGUUUGUGUUCCUGCCCUGCCCCGCAUGCAACGCUGCAUCGGAGAAACGGAGUGAGAGACAGAGCCCUGGCCUGCCUGCCUCAUGCGGCCCACUCAUUGGAUACCUGUAUCCCAGCAUUCCCUGCUGUCCUUUCUUUGAAAGUUCAGUUGUCUAAAUCAGUUCCAUGUAUCCACAGAGACACACUUCAGUGCUCUGAGGCAUGUCCAUCCAUCUGCUGCUCACUUCACACCCUCACACACAAACACACUGUUCUGGUCUGUCUCUCCCCUGCUCACUCUUCCAGCCCCUCCUCAACUCCAUGCUUCAUAAUGCUUAAAAGAAUCGUAUAUUUUUUUAUAAAGGUCAACAAAUGAGAUUUCCAAAAAGGGGAUUGAGAAAAUGCCAAACAUUGCAUGAUGUUAUAGUUUAUUUUUUUUAUUAGCGGUUUGUAUUCAGUACAUAGGAGCUCUAGUGGUGUCUAACAACUGCAGGAGAACAUGUUGAAUCCAAGACUAGUGGGUGUGUUUAUAUGAUCCUAGCUGAUAUUUUGAUUUGACCUGGCUGGCAUGAAGCAGAGAGGUGACCAAAACCUCGCCUGUUUGUGAAGGAAAAUGAUCUGAGUACGAUCCUUUUUCUGUUAGUUUUUCUUAGGAAAGAAAACAAAGGACAAGUAGUUUCUAAAGUAGAGUGUAAUUGCAACACCUGGACACUAAUUUGCCAGAUGUGACGCGUGCGUGCGUGCGUGCGUGCGAGCGAGCGAUCCUUGUGUAGGAGAUAGAAGUGCUUCAGGUGCCAUGUUACUUUGUGUGAAGGAGGCCCAGGUAACAAUGUGGCUUAAUGAAUCAAGAGACAAGGACAUACAACCAAAUGCUGACCCCUGCACCAAGGAGAAAAGUGGCAGAGCAAGGAAACAAAAGGAAAAAUCAUGGCCUGGAUAAGAAUGGCACACUAGAAUACGGCCCCACAAACUCUGGAGUUGGUUUCCAUUAGUAGUUCCGCUAAAUGCUAAAAAUUAUAGAGUAAUUUGCAGUAGCUGGCUGUGCAUGAUUCCUCAUUAUGUUGGAAUUGCAUUGUGUUACUUGUUAGCAAGAUGCAAAUUGAGCUUCACCCUCCCUGUACUAUGAGGCCCCUGAAUAAUCCUUUGGGGGGGGGAAUAGCAACACCCAUCCAUCUAAUUCUUACUGAGGGACGAGAGCUGUGCUUGUUCAGUCUGCAUGUGUGUUUGUGUGUUCUGUCCUGCGCGUCACCAGCAUGGGAGUAGGGUCAGAAGGUGGGAGUGUUCGUCACCAGUCAGCUCCUUAGAUAUGAGUGUUUGUAAUCUCUGUUUUUGGGGCUGUUACCAUUGCCUGCCCCCUGCAAGCUAUUUUUGAUGGUGGGGGGAGGGGCGAUUAUGACACAUGAUCUCCCUUUGAACAGCUUUUUAUCUCUGUUUCUGGAAAAAAAAGGGAGAGAAGUCAGCAGUGAUGUUAAUGCUCUUUAGUAUCAUGUGAUUUGGUGCUUACUCUAAUCAUGCAUGUCAGGCUGGCCCUGUAUUGACUGAGCUUGUGAAGGUACCCACACCUUUUGGAUACUGAUGUGAACCAAACUCCUGUUUCACCUAAUCCCUGCUGACUGGAACAGCUUUGUCCCCCAUGGUUUAGACCUGGGUUUGAUUCCUGUUUUAUGUUGGCUGCCCCCAGGAUCUACAGGGGCUAUGGUAAAACAAGUUACAGUGGCUGUCAGCAGAGUGAGUGGGUGUAUGAACACCACCACCAGAGUGCUGGGGAAUGAAAAUUUGCUGUGAAAUCCAUAACAUACACGGGUCCAUAAGAGGGGUGGUAUAGUCACCUUUUGAGGAAUAAGGACUCGGGGCCAAUCAGCGUGUCUGGUCUGUUCAACUGAGCCCUGACUUGUUUCUGAAGCUGCAAGAGUGAAUCACCAAUUCACCAAUCCUCCUUAGCCCUCCCAGGUCAUGCAACUUUGUGACCAUCAGUGACUGAACAGUAAGUGUUAAGUGCUAUUUGAAAUGGUCAGGCGCAAACAAACUACUUGUACUGCAUUACUAAGGAAAGGGAUAUAUUGUGUUUUAUGUGGUGUUUUUUUUGGUGGUGGUGGCUGCAUCCUUGUUUUCAACUUGCCACCAGGGCAUGAUGUUUUUCGCGCACACACACACACACACACAACCUGCCCUAUCAGACUCCCUGUGGUUCCAAAAUACUGUUUCCUGUGCCUAACCGAUAGGUGUGAACAUGUGCAUAAGGAAUGUUAGGGCCUCACAGAUGGAUGUGCGUGUGUGAUCAGUGUUAGGGCUUCACGGACAGGUGUGUGCAUGUUUGUGAGGAAUGGUAGGCCCUCGCAGUCAGGCUUGUGUACAUGCGUGAGGAAUGUUAGGGCAAUGAUCAAGUACACCUUGUAUACAAUUCCACUGAAACUAUAGCUUUAAUCAAGGUGCUGUUCUUAGGCUGUCUCCUCCUCCUCCUCCUCCUCCUCUUCCUCCUCCAGUGUAAAGCAGUCAAGUCAUUGACUGUCUGGCUGGUACAUGUUUCUGUCCCCUGCCUGCAGCUGGUGGUGCUUUCAAACACAAAUGGACAGUUCAGCACUGCAGCAUAGCUCUGCCCGCAGAGGAGGGGACUGCCAUCCAUUGUGGUUGGAGAAAAGUAUCUGGUUUUUUUUUUUUUUUUUUAUUUUUUAAAAAAAGACUUAAGACGACAUUACAUGAGGGGUUGGUGUGUUGCGAUUUUCCAGAGCUUUCUGUACUCCUUUUCUGUUUCCUUGCAAAUCCACUUUCACUCCUGAUCCUUUGAAAGGCAACAUGCCGGGGAGAGUGUGUUCCCAGAAUGACGAUCGUUUUGCGACAAUUGUUUAAAUUACUGUAAAUCUUUUUUUAUAUAUGAAAAAA